ACCUAACCACCGCUGUAAAUUCUCUUUUGCGCAUCCUCGCGACUCUAGAAACGGCAUUCGCGCCGCGGCACGCGCGCGCGCGCUCGCGCGUCUGUUGGCGUUUCGCGUAGUUUUUUUUUCCCCCCCUAACAAGGCUGUGUACCCCUUGUGUGCGCCUCUGUUAUGUAGACUGUAUACUCUCCAGACUAUUCUGUGUUGACUAUUUGGACACGUAUGUUUAUAUCAGGAACCCGCCUCUUUUUUUCUCCAUAUUGAACCCGCUCUCUUCUCUCGAUGAAGAUGACCUUCUCUCAUGUAUACACACACACUUGGCACGUACUUUGUUUAACUAGCGCGUACGCCGGCACGUAGAACCGCGACGUGUGCAGAAAGACCCUCCCUCUCCCCCGCUCCCACCCCCUCCUGUACACGCGGCAUUGCACUUCCAAAUUGUUGUUUCACUUUCGUUUUGUCAUACGAUGUAACAUGUUUAAAUAUUUUAUUCAUAUUUCCAGCCUGAAACAAUUGUUAUAUAAUGCUGCCUGAGCUUUAUAUCUGACAUUGAAAAGUGCUUUCCCUUUGUUUAUCUCGAAAGUUCUCAUAUGAAGCAUUACUUCUGUUGUCGAAAGUUUAUUUCAAUUUUUCUCAACAACGAUAGUCGCCUCUGCGCAUCACGAGCUCACCGGCAUUAUUUUCAUUGUUUCAGGAGUGACUAGAGUGAGAGAGAGAGAGACGGUAUUAUACGCAUGAUAUGAAGCGCAACUUGCUCCGCACAAGGAUAUCCUAAGAAACACGCUGCGCUUUAUAAAUGAGUAAUAUAAUACUGCCUGAUUUAUGAUAGAUUCUUUCCGACGCGACGUCAGAUGAAAAAGAAAACUAAGUGUUCGGAAAGUAGGAGAUUUUUAAGCUGCGUUAAUCGUUGAAUUAAUUAACAACCAUCACUGCUUCAAGACUGACACGGGGGUCGGAGUAGAGUAAUAAUAGUAAUGUCGACUCCUGGCGACGGUAAUAUGGGCAACGAUAGCAGCGCGGGGAGCAGUGGUGGAUUAGGCGACGGUAGCGGUAAAAUUAAUAAGCAUCAUCCGCCUACGAACGUGCUACAGAGGAUGACCGGGAUAUUAGAGGAUAAGAGCAACGAUUACAUGUGCCCGAUCUGCUUCGAUCUCAUCGACACGGCGUACAUCACACGCUGCGGGCACACCUUCUGUCACCACUGUAUCGCCAAGUGCUUAGAGAUUAAGGACCGCUGCCCGAAGUGCAGCUUCACGCUCAGCGAACAGGACAUUUUUCCGAAUUUUCUGCUGGACGAGCUGGUUUCCAAGUACAAAACGAGAACCAAGGGCCUGGCCCAGCUGGGCUCCUACGCGGACAACGGGAGGCACAGGGCGGCGGGUAACGACUUGUCCGUGCCCGCGUCCGACGGUUGGCGUAGCAUCGUGGCGGCGGAGAGCGCCAACCUCACUCUGCCCGACGUGAACGUCAUGCUCGAGGUGCUGACCCAGCGGAAGCACCUGCUCGAGGCGGAGACCUGCACGGCGCAGAACAAGCUCCUGCACGAGUUCCUCAAGCACCUGCUGCAGCAGAAGGAGGAGCAGCGCAACCAGCUGCAGAAGGAGGUGGCGCUGAUCAAGAAGGACAUGGAGGAGGUGGAGAACAUUCUCAAGGACGUGCAGAGCAAGUGCCCGCGGGUCGAGGACGUGAAGAAAGCGAGCGAGAACGACACCGCCCAGGUGUCGGCCAUCAGGCGGGAGAUGCUCGGCCUCUUGGAUAUUAUAGACUCGAAUAUGGUGAAACCUAGCGACAAAACGGCCACCGGCGUUACCGACGCUUUCGUCAGUCCGAACGUCGCGCAGCCCGGCGGCUCGACCCUGGCCACACGCAGGAAACGGCUGCACGCCCACUUUGACGACUUCGUUCAAUGUUACUUCGACUCGCGCGGCAAGGAGUUACUGCUCGGCCAGAAGUCGCAGUUUCAGAGCGAGGCUCAGCAUGGCGGCGUGCACAGCACGAGUUCCGGUCUGGACAUCUUUCGCGAGAACCUUGUCAAAUUCUCGAGGUAUAAUUCCCUGCGGCCGCUGGCAACUCUCAACUACUCGUCGGAUCUCUUCAACAACUCCACAAUCGUGUCCAGUAUCGAGUUCGACAAAGACAACGAAUUCUUCGCGAUCGCCGGUGUCACUAAGCGUAUCAAGGUGUUCGAUUACGGCGCCGUUAUACGGGACACUGUCGACAUUCACUAUCCCUCCAUCGAGAUGGUCUCUAGUUCGAAGAUCUCGUGUGUCUCCUGGAAUUCUUUUCACAAGGGCAUGCUUGCCUCUUCGGAUUACGAGGGUACGGUGACGGUGUGGGACGCGACGACCGGUCAAAGGACAAAGACCUUCCAAGAGCACGAGAAGAGGUGUUGGUCUGUGGAUUUCAACGACGUCGACACCAGAUUGAUCGCGUCCGGCUCCGACGACGCCCGGGUCAAGUUGUGGGCGUUGAACACAGAUUACUCCGUAGCGUCGUUGGAAGCGAAGGCAAACGUGUGUUGUGUGAAAUUUAAUCCUCGCAGCUCAUGUCACCUGGCGUUUGGUUCGGCGGAUCACUGUGUACAUUAUUACGAUUUGCGCAACAUGAAGGAGGCGUUGUGCAUAUUCAAGGGCCACCGCAAGGCCGUAUCCUACGUCAAGUUCAUCAACAAGGAGGAAAUUGUGUCGGCCAGUACGGAUUCCCAGCUGAAGAUGUGGAAUAUAAACAAUCCGCUUUGCCUCCGAUCGUUCGUCGGUCACGUGAAUGAGAAAAAUUUUGUCGGACUCGCCACUGACGGCGAUUAUGUGGCCUGCGGGUCGGAAAACAACGCGCUCUACGUAUACUACAAAGGACUGACGAAGCAGCUGUUCUCGUACAAAUUCGACGCGGUUCGAAGCAUAUUGGAGGUGCAGGACAGAAGGGAGGAAGAUCUGAACGAGUUCGUGUCCGCGGUGUGCUGGAGGCAGAUGUCUAAUGUCGUAGUAGCCGCUAACUCCCAAGGGAUUAUCAAAAUAUUAGAGCUAAUUUGAGACAAUUAGGUAAAAGCAAUUGAACGGGGAGAAGUUGAUUGUGAGUGAAAUAUGCGCACGCGUAUUCAAUCACUAUAAAUUAAAGCGGGUCUAAAUAAUAAAGAGAAUAGCCAAAAGUAGCAAUGUAAGUAUAACGAUAAAAAUCACGGUAAAUAUUAAUAUUCCUCAUAUACUGUCAUAUCGUCAUGGUCAAGGAUAUGAUCCUGAAUAACUUUCAUAACUUGCUGAAAAUCUUGGCCGUCUAACGACUGAAAUUUUCUGCAAGUUCAGGGUGUCCAGAGGUCGGGGAAAUCUGGAAAACUGAGAAUUGUCAGGGAAAAGUCAGGAAAUUUUACGAUUUAUCUGAACUUUUUACAUCAUUUCACUUUUUUUCGGAAUAAUUUAAAGUUUCUAGAAAAUAAACUUUUCUUCGGCUGUCAGUGCACCAAUAUUCUGUUUUGCUAAACAUUAAUUUAUUUCUUUUAUACAUUAAUUUAUAAGUGUGGUCGGUAAUUUAUAUUUUUAUCGUCGUGUCAUUUUAUUUCAAUGUGUUCAACAAAAACUAUAAAAAAAAGAUGAAUUACUAAACAGUACUGUCUAAGUAAGUUACUAUUUAGUAAGUUGCAAACAAAAUGCAGUUAAGCAAAACUAAAGCAUCGUGUACGAUUACGUACGGUAUCACAAAUGGUUCGAAUAAUUUGUAGUAUGUUUGUUCCUAUUACACAAUGUAUUAUACAUAGAUGGUAUAAUUGCUUUAAUUUAAAUUCCGGACUUUUGUUUCCCGAGAAAAAUAUUUCAAGGAAUAUUUCAAAGGCUUCGUCAUUUAUUAACAUUUACUCGAUUUACCAUGCAGAUGUACGCAAAUUAUUCAUCUUGAAGAAGUUACACUGAACGGUCAGGGAAAAAUUUGUUCCGGCUCCCGGAAAAUCUGAAAAGGUCAGGGGAUUUUUUUCAUUGAGUUCGUUGGGACACCCUGGAGUUGGAAACAGUCCUUAACAUCACAUAAGAAUCAAUGAGGUCGCCACUAAUAUUAAUAUUUACCAAAAUUAUAUUUCAAGAGAGACGCUUACCAAAAUAAGAAUUUAAGAAAUCUGUUGUUUCUUGUAUUUUCACGUUCGCACUCGUUAGACCCCUUUUAUUUUAUGGUAUCUGCCUUGUGAUUCUUUUAGACGCGAAUAACAACGAGAAACAAUGGAAUCAUUCUAAAUAGCGUAAUAAGUUAUAAUAAUGACGCGAAGAAUUUUUCUUACUAUUAACGUAAUCUAUAAAAAUCGAAUGGAAGCAGCAUCGAAAGAUGCGUUAUCAGCGAAUAAAAUCAUUGCGAAUGGAGAUCUUCGUUUGGUCCAUGCUCAAUGUGUCGGAGAGCAUAAAUAUUUUCUCUGGAUUGUACACUAGCUGCAUUCGUCAUUGCAAAUCCGAGGCGUCGGAGUGCUUUUCCUCCCCUUUUAUUUCAUUUUUCCCUCCCGCCUGUCUCUCUCUCGCUCACUCGAAUGCAAAAGAGCACUCCGACGCCUUGGAUAAGCAAUGCCGAGCACAGCUACUAGGUGUAAAACGAUUAGGUAAAUCGGUACUGUUAAUUAUUACAUUGUUUCGUACAUCCUUUAAUCUAAUUUAGAUAUAAUUCUAAUCUCAACAGACUGACUCGUAACGAUAAAACAAUUUUGCAUUGUUGUAACACGUUCGGAGAAUAUCCCUGCCUAUAACUUAUCGAAAACGAUGAUCUUUCGUAAUUUUACUUUAUUGAUACUUAAUACACUCGUCGGAGGUACCGUAAUUGCACGCUCGCUAAAUUGUAUUUUAUGCAAAUAUAUGUAUAUACAUAAAUAUAUAUAUUUUUAAAUAUGUUUGACGUGUGACGUGAGAAUGACAUUUACUGCAAUAAGUACAAUACUUUUGGAGGCAGCGUUCGAGUCCGCAAAAAUUUACAGCGGUGUAUGCGUGCGUUCGAGAUAUGUGAUUUAUCCGAUAACGCUUCUUACGCCUGAGCGGCGGCGAUUGUUUCGGUAUCUUGACCCAUCGCGAAAUCAUCGAUAGGCGCGAUUUUGAUAAGGGCACAAUCUUCUUUUUACAAAAUUUUCACGGUAAAUUCGAGGUGCACUCGUUUAAGUUCUCUAAACAUUGGAAACGCCGGAACGGAAAACAUCAAAGCUGAUACGCAUAUGUUAAAAUGUAAUAUAAAAUUGAUAUACAUAUGUAACUUUGACUGGCAAUCGCACGCGAAUCGUACCUGUAUUUUCUUAGAAACCACCUAGUUGAUAUUAAUAUUUUGAAUAUCGAUGAAUAAAUGGAGUAUCGGUGUUGUCGCUAGGACGUGACAAAAAUCUCUCAACAAUUUAAAACAUUUUUUUGCAAGCAGUCACUAACAUAAUUUUCAACUUGAAUUGACCUGGUGGUACCGUGAUUGCACAAUCCUGUAAACAGAGACAUGAUAAGGAAUAAUCAACGUCCCACAAAUUGUUUGCACCGAUAAUGGUACAUAUAGAUAGCGCAUAUUUUUACUGAAAUUUCGAGAUUUGUGGCGUUUUUUUUUUCGUAUAUCAAUUUUUUUUUACAUGAUUACAUUAUCGCCUUUAUGUUUAAUUUUAUUUUUAAAACUACAAUGUUAGCCUAAUUGAAUAUUGAACAACUGAAGAACAGAAUGAAAGCGAAGCGGGUUAUUGUAAAAAGGAGAAAAUGUACAAAGAGCAAAUAGAAAAAUGAACAUAUUUUGCGACUAGAACAACUCGCAUAGGUUUCGAAAUGUGUGGAAUUGAUAAAACUGUGAGUGUAAUUAACAUUUUCAUUGUUCUUAUAAGAGAAACUUUAAACUUCUGUCAUAAGAACCAAUUAAUCUUGUUUCCUGUUUGCAGUAAACAUAUAAUCGUAUGCAAAUCUGUUUUACCUAUUUAAUUCUACUUCGCUAUACAACUAUGCCAACUAAACCCCAUGACAAAGUCACAUUACUACUUAUAGCGUUGUUGUAUAUAAAACAAAUUAAUAAUGAAGUUUGUCAACGGAUAUUUCAUUGUAAUUAUAUCUUAAGCCGCUAAAUAGGUUGUAAUAAUGCUCGUUUCAACAGUGUUAGUGAGAACUGAAUGUGAAAAAUAAACAGUUCCGUAAUGUAAUGCGUAUCUACGCUGAUACCGUAGCUCAGAAAAGCAGCAGUUGUGAAUUAAUGUGUAGCCAUAAUCUCCGAAGUGAGUAAUUGUAAAUGUACCGAUGUAAUAAUGUAUAACUGGACGGAUUGGGCGAGUAUUCUAGAAUAAAGAAAUAGUAUAUUUUUAGAGUGUAUUUUAAAAUUGCAAGUACACGAUGAAUGUCAAAAGAAACGCCUAGAUUCUAUUGUAAUUAAUAAAUUUAUGAAUUUGUGUCUGGA